AGCUCUUCUUCUUCUUCUUCGUGAUAAGAGAAUCUUUUACGAGCUUAUGAAUGAUGAUUUUUUAGACAAGAAAGUGUUGAAUUGUUUAUGAUAAGUAUCAUCUAAGUUUAUGUUUUAAUCGUUGAUUAAUGUUCGGAUAAAGUGUAAUUGAUCGGAGGUUACUUCGAAAACCUGAUUACUUGACUUCAAUUGGAGCUUUUCUACUUGAAUUACUGUUUCUUUAAGAGAGCAGCAAUGCUGGAUUUGAUCUUCAGAAUUGCUCUGUGAUUGCUGUGAAUACCGUAGUUGGCUGCGUGGAAUUUCCUGCAGGAAGUGAUUGAGUGGAAGUCAUGGCGCAGAGUAAUUGGGAAGCAGAUAAGAUGCUUGAUGUUUACAUUCAUGACUAUUUGUUGAAAAGAAAGCUGCAUAAUUCUGCAAAAGCUUUCAUGACAGAAGGGAAGGUUGCUACAGAUCCCGUAGCCAUUGAUGCACCUGGAGGGUUUCUUUUUGAAUGGUGGUCCGUGUUUUGGGACAUUUUCAUUGCACGGACAAAUGAAAAACAUUCUGAAGCUGCAGCAGCGUACAUAGAGACACAGCAGAUGAAAGCAAGGGAGCAUCAACAACAGCUACAGAUGCAGCAGUUGCAACUCAUGCAACAACGAAAUGCCCAGUUACAGCGAAGGGAUCAAAAUCCCUCCCUUGGUGGUCCUAUAAGUGCUAUAAACUCUGAAGGCAUGAUGGGGCAACCAUCUGCUAGUGUUUUGGCCAUGAAAAUGUACGAGGAACAAAUGAAGCACCCACAUUCCUUGGACUCAGAGACAUCUUCACCUCUUAUCGAUCCCAAUAGGAUGGCGCUUCUCAAGACUGCAUCUAAUCAUCAACGCCAGUUGGUACAAGGUAAUUCGGGGAGCAUGUCUGCAGCAUUGCAGCAAAUGCAAGGGCGCCCUCAGAUGACAGCGGAUAUUAAAACGGAAGUGAACUUGAGUGGUACUCAGAAAUCUUUGCCCAUGGAUCCUUCAUCAAUUUAUGGGCAAGCUAUUCUACAGUCAAAAUCAGGACUUGGUGGUGCAGGCUUGAAUCAAGGUGUUACUGGUUUACCAUUGAAGGGCUGGCCGUUAACCGGAAUUGACCAUUUGAGGCCAAGUAUUGGUUUGCAAGUACAGAAGCCCAAUAUACAGAACCAAAAUCAAUAUCUUUUGGCAUCACAACAACAGCAGGCUCUUGCACAGGCUCAAGCACAAGGUAACCUGAAUUCCCCUUACUAUGGAUAUGGUGGAUUACCAAGAGGUAACUUCAAUGCAAAAGACGGUCAGCCACCGAGAAAUGAUGGAUCCAUAUGCUCUCCAGUACAAUCAAAUUCACCAAAGAUGAAAAUGGCCCAAAUUCCACAAUCCUCCUCUCAACAACAGGACCAGUUGCAGCAGCAGCAGCAGCAACAGCAACAGCAGCAAUUGCCACAGAACGGCAGAAAAAGGAAGCAACAUUCAUCAUCUGGACCUGCCAAUAGUACUGGCACCGGAAAUACCGUUGGCCCUUCACCAAGCUCACCAGCAUCAACUCAUACACCUGGUGAUGGGAUGACUAGUGCCAGUAGUCUGCAGCAUGUUGGCAGUGUGUCAAAAAGUAUGAUGAUGUACGGAGGAGAUGGAACUGGUGGUAUAGCGUCCUCUACAAAUCAGCUGGAUGACUUGGAGACGUUUGGAGACAUUGGUUCCCUGGAAGAUAACGUGGAUUCAUUUUUGUCACAUGAUGGGGGAGAUGGAAAUAUCUAUGGAACACUGAAACAAACGAUUACUGAACACAAACCUGAGUCUUCCAAAGGAUUCUCCUUUGGUGAAGUUGGUUGUAUACGCACAAGGAAUAAAGUCACUUGCUGCCAUUUCUCAUCAGAUGGAAAGCUGCUCGCUAGUGCCGGACAUGACAAGAAGGCUGUUCUGUGGAACAUGGAUACCUUACAAACGGAGACCACCCCAGAAGAACAUCAAUACUUGAUUACAGAUGUCCGGUUCAGGCCUAAUUCAACUCAGCUUGCAACUGCUUCAUUUGACAAGUCUGUGAGACUGUGGGAUGCUGCUAAUACUAACUACUGUUUGAAUUCAUACACCGGGCAUCCUUCUCAUGUUAUGUCGCUGGAUUUCCAUCCGAAAAAGAAUGAUCUAUUUUGUUUCUGCGAUAGCAACAAUGAGAUUCGGUACUGGAAUAUUAGUCCAUUCUCAUGUACUCGAGUGUCAAAGCAAGGAGGCAGUGCACAAGUGAGAUUCCAGCCCAUAACUGGUCAGCUGCUGGCAGCCGCGUCAGAUAAGGCGGUAUCAAUCUUUGAUGUCGAAAAUGACAGGCAACUGCAGUCUUUCCAGGGACACUCUGGAGUGGUGAACUACCUUUGUUGGGAUCUCAAUGGUGAUCUACUGGCAUCAGUAAGUGAGGAGUCUGUCAAAGUUUGGUCACUGAACACUGGUGAUUGCAUCCAUGAACUAAGUGCCAAUGGAAAUCAGUUCCACUCUUGUGUAUUUCAUCCUAGCUAUUCAGCUCUAUUGGUGAUUGGAGGAAUGAGGUCUUUGGAGCUGUGGAACAUGGUUGAGAAUAAAAGCAUGACAAUUCCAGCACAUGAAAACAUUAUCGCUGCUCUAGCACAGUCACCAGUGACUGGAAUGGUUGCUUCUGCAAGUCAUGACAGUUCUGUGAAGUUAUGGAAAUAAAUGAGAAGAGGAUUCAAUGUCGGGAUAAGUGCACAUUUGCUUCCGCUUCAGGCAUUAGGGAAAAGAGUCCUGCGUCUAUGUUGUAGUGUAUUGUUAUCAGAAAUAUCAAUUUUUCUGCUUGUUAGUCACAUUAGAGUUUGGUUUGCUUAAAGCAAGUUGAGCAUACUGAUUGCUGAGCAAUGGUUCCGUAGUAGCAGAGGAAGUGUAAUAACUUCUGCAACUGUUCUCAGUGAUUAACAACUAAUAAUAACAUCAUGAUAUAAGUUUCAGCUUA